GCGAGGCUGUGGCCGGCCGGGCGCCCUGAGCGUCCUGAGCGCCGCGCAGCCGGGUCGCCCGCCGCGCUGGCCCGGCCAUGUCGUCGUCCUUCUUCAACCCCAGCUUCGCCUUCAGCUCGCACUUCGACCCCGACGGCGCGCCGCUCAGCGAGCUCCCCUGGUCGUCCUCCCUGGCCGUGGUGGCUGUGUCUUUCUCGGGGCUGUUCAGCGUCAUCGUCCUCAUGCUGGCCUGCUUGUGCUGUAAGAAGGGCGGCAUCGGGUUCAAGGAGUUUGAGAACGCGGAGGGGGAAGAGUAUGCGGCCGACUUCUCGGCGCAGGGCUCCCCGGCCACAGCGGCGCAGAACGGGCCCGACGUGUACGUCCUGCCGCUCACCGAGGUCUCCCUGCCCAUGGCCAAGCAGCCGGGGCGCUCAGGUGAGUGUGCCAGGCAGGGUGCCGGGGGGCGGGUGCUCAGCCCAGCCCUCCCUCUCUGGGGCGCGGUGCUCGCCGAGGGUGCUGCCGGGAGGUCGGGGCGGGCCAGGCCCAGGGUGAGCUCCACAGGUGGGGCAGGGGCUGAGGCACCUGGGGCUGCACCGGGCUGGGCUGUGGGGCCGAGGGUCCUGCGAAGGGUGUCCCGCUUCUCCCGUGGACCCCAACGCUGGAGGGACGACGGGGUCCGCUUCCACGGGCCUCAAGGGAAUAACGUGAAGACUCCAGAUUCGCGGACGACGGCUUCCACGCCGACGGCGACUACGUCUGACAGUGACGGAGACACCGCUCCCUCCAACUUCGAGUACAUGGAGGCGGCCGGCGCCGACGCUCCCCGCCGGGCCGCCGAGCCCGCUGCCGCGCCCCUCGCAGGAGCUUGCGCCCCCGACUGCACCCGCUGGGCCCGGCUCAGCCGCACACCCGUCGUGGCAGCAUACUUCAUCCGCCUGGAAGCACCACACCGCCCGGCCACACCCCGACAGCGCCGGCGCGCCGGCCGCCGCACCCGCGGACCAGACGAGGAUCAGAUGUCAACCGCUCCCUCACGGCACGAGCCGCUGCUGGGACCGGGGCUGGCCACCACAGGGCGAGAGCGCGGAGCUGGACGCCAAGGCCGCCAGCAUAGAACACUGGAGCCCAACGUGUCGGCAAUAACAACAGCGCAGCAGCGAUCCAGAGACCUGGACCCCGCUAUGGGCAGCUACACGACGAGCCCAGCCGAACAGACCCCUGCUCCCGACAGGCACGCCCGCCAGGAGCCCAGAGCCCGCUUGCGCAGGGCACCCCCCUGCCAGCAGCCUGCCGCGCUCCGACUUCCCCACCCUGUGCCUGCCCAGGCCUGCACCGUCCGUCCCCUGGUGCACCCCUGCACAAGCCACUGGCGGGGCGCCCCCAGCAAGAGCCAGGCUUGCUGCGAGGCCGUAGGUCUGCUACCCCUUCCCGCCCUCCCCUCCCCUACCCAGCAGGGAGCCCCACUUCCCUCCGAGGCGGCCGGCACCCCUGACCUCCUGCCUGACUCGCCCACUGAGCCGGCUGGGGCUGCUGACAACAGCGGCAGCUGCUGCCCCGCAGUGGAGGUGGCCAGCAGUGAGGACGAGGACACAACUGAGGCCACUUCAGGCGUCUUCACCGACUUGUCCAGCGACGGUCCGCGCUCUGAGAAGCCGGACGCGGUGCCCGCCUUGCGCUCUCUGCAGAAGCAGGUUGGGACGCCCGACUCCCUGGACUCACUGGACAUCCCGUCCUCAGCCAGUGACGGUGGCUGUGAGGUCUCCAGCCCGUCAGUGCCCGGCCCCCCCGGCGGGCAGCCCCGAGCCCUGGACAGCGGCUAUGACACGGAGAACUACGAGUCCCCCGAGUUCGUGCUCAAGGAGGCCCACGAGUGCGAGCCCGAGGCCUUCAGGGAGCUGGCCCCGGAGGGCGAGAGCCCCGGGCCCGAGACUCAGCUCUCAGCCUCCCUCCCUGGCCUCAGCGAGAAGAACCCCUACCGAGACUCGGCCUACUUCUCAGACCUGGAUGCCGAGUCCGAGCCUCCCACGGGCCCGGAGGAGAAGUGCGGUGGAGUCCAGGCCCCCGGGCCAGAGCCAGGCCUGGAGAGCUCGAAGAGCCCUGGGGAGCUGCCUGGGCCCGGGGUGCCCGGCGAGGCACAGGGCGCUGGCCCCAGGGAGGUGCUGCCACCAUCGCCGCCCAUCGACGGGUCUUCCACAGAGCCAAGCGCCGGCCCCAGGCCAGAGCCUCCUGAGUCCCCGGGCCCAGCCAAGCUGCCACCUGUGCCCAGCCCCGGCCGCCCCAAGCUUUUCCUGCUGACCCCAGUGCCACCGAGCUCAGGAGGUGACAGCUCCGAGCUCCAGGGGGCCCCUGGACUGUUGUCAGGGCUGGCCCCGCAGGAGCGGACGGGGUGCCCCAGUGCCCCACGAACCCCGCUCUGCCUGGCUCUGCCUGGCCUCCCUGCAGCCUUGGAGGGCCGGCCAGAGGAGGAGGAGGAGGACAGCGACGACAGCGACGAGUCGGACGAGGAGCUCCGCUGCUACAGCAUCCAGGAGCCCAGCGAGGAGAGUGAGGAGGAGGUGCCCGCCGUGCCCGUGGUGGUGGCCGAGAGCCAGAGCGCGCGCAACCUGCGCGGCCUGCUCAAGAUGCCCAGCCUGCUGUCGGAGGCCUUCUGCGAGGACCUGGACCGCAAGAAGAAGGCUGUGUCCUUCUUCGACGACGUCACCGUCUACCUCUUCGACCAGGAAAGCCCCACUCGGGAGCUCGGGGAGCCCUUCCCUGGCGCCAAGGAGUCGCCCCCCACGUUCCUGGCGGGCAGCCCGGUCUCCCCCAGCGCUCCGGGCCCGCAGCUGCAGGACGACCCGACCCGCGGAGGCGGCACGUUCCGGUGGGACGACGACCUCCCGCCAAUGCCUGCCAAGGCGGCCCUCGCCACGGCCCCCGCCCCGCCGGCCCCGGCUGCGCCCACGUCGCGCUUCACUGUGUCGCCCGCGCCCGCGUCGCGCUUCUCCAUCACGCACGUGUCCGACGGGGACGCAGACCCCACGGGAGGCUCUGCGGCAAGUGCAGGGGGUGGGAGUAAAGACGCUUGAGACCCAGGCAGCUCCCACCCAUUGGAGGCUGGCGUCACCGGAGCCCCUGCCAGGCAGCAGCGAGGAUGGUGACCAGGAGUGAGUGUGGGCGUGGCCCUGGUGGCUGCCAGCAAUAGGUUCCAGUGUCCCCCGGAGAAGCAUCGGGACAAGAGGCCCCUCUCUGGCUGGGGUGGUGGAUUGGCCACGCCCCCAGCCCCGUGCUGCCCUGGGGCCAGAAUUUGUCCUGGACACCGGGUUUGCUGCUAGUCCUAGGGGUGGGGCACCUGUACAACACACACAUGCGCGCACACAGGCACACACACAGGCACUCGAGAGGGCCCUGCAGCUGCUGGACACUCGGCCUCUGAGGCCAGGGACCUGCUCUUGGCCACCCACCGGGAGCCACAUUCGACUGCCUCCUUCAGUGUUCACAGGACAUGCCCGGCCAGGCAGAGGCCCCCAAGACAGCAGCAGGCUGCAAGCCUCUCCUGUCCCCGGCCCCUCCUGGUUCUGGGUUCUGCUCAGCACAAGGAGAGGACUGUGGCUUUCUGUCCCUGCUGUCCUCGUCUCAGAGUCUGUGGCUGUUCCCCCCUCGCUGACUCAGACUGUAGCCAGCUCUGCCCACGGGCUGGGGCCGCGCCCACCCGGGUCCCACUGCCGGAGCCUGGGCUGGGUGGCCAGAGAGAUGGGGGAAGUGGAGGUACAGGCCACACCCCUGCCACGCGGGCCCGUUCUAGAGUGCCCUCGGCAGGGCGGCGGGGUGGCUCCCCUCCGCAGUGCCCCAGCUGCCAAAGGAAAGCGGGAGCCACAGCCGACCUCGGUGACGGGCUCCGCCUGCAGGGACGGGGCGGUGGGGACGCGGAGUGGCCGGGGGUCGGGCCGUGCAGGGAAUAUUUUUGUAACUGCUGUUGCUGGAGCGAAUGGAAGCGGGUGAGCUUAAGUUAUUGUUGCCAAAGAGAUGUAAAGUUUAUCAUUGCUUUGGGGGGAUUUGUUUUCGGUUUGUGUCUUUUGUUUUUUAUUAGUUUGAGGCUUAGGAUGCUGGUGCAAUGAUUUCCUUGUUCCCUUUCUGUUUGUUUUUUAAGAGAAAUCAAGCUAAGAAAAAAAUGGC